AUGGCUUCCCGGCCCUCAUCCUGGUCCUUUGCUGGGCCAUCACGAUCUCUGUAUAUUAUCCUUGCGCUAUACCUCGUUUCCUUCUCAGCUGUGGCCAAUUCGCUGGCGCAUCCGCCUCAGAGACCUCUUGGGGAACCUUCAUCGACAUCCGCUCGACCUGUCGACGCAUUCGACAACUCCUCGGGAGAUGCGGCUUUUCGAGACCCCGAUUCGCAGCAAUCUCCAAUUCCGCCACCGACCUCAACAACACUGCAGAAUCUGCUCGGCGCGCUGCACGUCAUGCAAGACAAAUACUUUGUGCUAUGGCUGGGCGCAUGGCCCACCAGCAUCGAUUGGACCGCCGCCGUGCUGGGAACACACGUCUCCGCAGUACUCUCGUCCCUGACCUCGAGUGCGCGACUGCAAAACUCAUCCUUGGCUGUGCUGGAGAACACGGUCAAUCACUUCUUCAGCCAUACAUCCACCUUCUACUUUGGCGAGAACGCUUUCAGUCUUCGGAACCAAGCUUACGAUGAUAUGCUGUGGGUGGUUCUGGACUGGCUGGAAAACAUCAAGUUCCAAGAUCUGCACUCGGAACUGCACUACACAACGCCAUCGAACGACACACCGGGACAGCCGUGGCAUGGAACUCAGUUCCGCAACCCUGCCGCUCACCGAGCCCGGCUCUUCUACGAGCUCGCCUCGGUCGGGUGGGACAAAACCCUCUGUGGGGGUGGGAUGAUCUGGAACCCCAACCUGAUUCCAUACAAGAAUGCCAUUACAAAUGAGCUUUUUAUCUCUGCGAGCAUCGGCAUGUACCUAUACUUCCCCGGCGACCCCAUUGACUCGCCAUUCCUGGCGUACUCGCAAACCGCACCUGCCCCGAGGAAUCUACAUAACCCGGCUCACCUGCAAGCUGCGAUGGACGGCUACACAUGGCUCAAGAACUCGCACAUGACUGGGCCUGGUGGGCUCUAUGGCGACGGGUUCCACAUUAGCGGAUGGCAGAGCUCGUCGCGCCCAAAGUCCCGGAAAUGCGACGUGCUGAACACGAUGGUCUACACGUACAACCAGGGGGUUAUUCUCAGCGGGCUGAGAGGACUCUGGCUAGCCACCUGGUCCCAGGCUUACCUGGAAGACGGCCACGAGCUGAUCGAAAAGGUGCUCAAAGCCACCGGGUGGCCGCAGACCUCGAGCACGGUGUGGGCGGGACUCGGACGCGGCGGCGUACUGGAAGAAGCCUGCGAUUCGCGCGGUGAUUGCUCGCAAGACGGCCAGACCUUCAAGGGGAUCUUCUUCCACCACCUGGCCGAGUUCUGUCGGUCCCUGCGGCCGCACGAGGAACGGUUCCUGGCCAACAACGCCGGCAACCCGCCACCCGGACAGGAGAGCUGGAAUACCACCUACCACGGACAUCUGCGGCGAUGCCAUGCCUACGGGUCUUGGAUCGAGCACAACGCGCGGGCCGCGCUGGUGACUCGGGAUCACGACGGCAAAUUCGCUUGUGAACAGCAGCUCGCUUCCCUGGGCGCCGCCGACUACCGCAAUCCCCCGGAUGAGCUCGAUGCCUCGACGGUGAACGUGGUUCCGCGGGACUCCAACGACCGCGGUCGUGGCCGCACGGUCGAAACGCAGUCGGGUGGUGUUGCCGUGCUGAGGGCCUUGCACCAGUGGCAGACCUCCGAUGUCUUGUUAUGA